AACAUCAUGAGUUACAUGAAGCUUGUUAGUAUUUUGAUCACCAAAUACUUUUCAAAUUUUCUAAGUAUCCUCAUUACUUACAAUUCUUCGUCAACAAGUGAAAUAAGUGGUCUCUUAUUGGAUUCGGUUCAGGCAUCCUUUCAAAAUCUCACUCAACAGGGACAAUUCGUUGGCAUUCAUUGGAUUGAUACAGCGAAACAGGAAAAUCUGAGUGAAUUGCUACUCAAAUAUGCGGAUAAAGGUGUAGAGGGAUACAUAACUGUAUUGCCAAAUAUCUCUGAGUUUCUAGAUGCCCGUUUGUAUGCAACAGAAAACACAGUGCUACGUUUGAAGGAUAAGUUAUAUUUGUUUUUGUCGGCGGAUGAAAACCCAGAAGAUGUCUUAAUAAACAAAAUACUAAAACUUUAUCCUCACCACCUUUUUGUUUCGUGUUAUGCAAGAAACACUUCUAAUUUAACUUUAUGGACACAAAAGUUUAUCGGUCCUUCAGAUAACCUUAAACCAAUGCAUUUGGAUACUUAUUUGGGGAAUGGAAAAUUUGCCCAGAAUGUUGAACUAUACCCAAAUAAAAUUCUAAAUAUGGCUGGGAGAGUUUUGGAAGUUUCAUCAGUCACAUACAUUCCGUAUGUUGUUAGUUAUUCUGUGCCUGAAGGUUUAGGGGAUGUGGAUAAUAUAGAUCCAAUGCAACCAAAGAAAAGUGUUAUUUAUACCGGAACUGAAGCUGAUAUUGUUUUGUCAUUUUGUCAACUCAGAAAUUGCACUUUAAAAGUUAUUCCAUACGGUAACGAUAAUUGGGGUGAUAUUUAUGAAAAUGGUUCAUCAGAUGGAAUGCUUGGAUCUGUUCAUCGACAUGAAACUGAAUUUGGAAUUGGAUGCGUUUACAAUUGGUUUAAUCAUGUUUUUGAAACUUCAUUUGCAAUUGCUAAAUCAGCAGUUCCAAUACUUGCGCCAGCUCCAAAACCUUAUCCAGCUUAUAUGACUAUAAUUUUACCCUUCAACAAAAUUAUAUGGACUUUGAUAAUUGUGUCGAUUUUUGCUAGUGCCAUUGUAAUGCAUGUGAUAAUGUAUUUUAAUUUUGUAAUGGAACAUGAAAACGACUUGAAAGAACACCAUUUCGAUCAUGUAUCCUCGUAUGAGUUAACUCAGUUUCAAAUGGUUGCUAUAUUUUUUCAACAAUCAUUUUCGCAGUCAAAAUUGGAUCGCUUCGCUGCACGAUUCUUUUUGAGUACUUUACUCUUAGCUGGUCUAACAUUGGAAAACACUUAUAGUGGCCAAUUAAAAUCACUCCUAACAAUCCCAGCUUUUACUGAACCUGUCGAUACUAUACAAAAGUUUGCCGAUACCGAUUGGAACUGGGGUUCUCCGUCAAGAGCUUGGAUCUAUACCAUACUCUAUUCAAAUAUUCCGCAUGAGAAGACGAUGAGAGAAAAAUUUGUUGAAAAGAGUAAUGAAGAGUUGAGGGAUGCAACUUAUAAGGGUGACUUUGGUAUCGGAUUGGAACGGUUGCAUGGUGGGAUUUAUAGUUUUGGUGAUUUUGUCAGGAAUGGCAAUUUGGAUCAGUUAAUUAUGACGAAAGAUGAUUUGUAUUAUGAUUAUUCGAGAGGAGUUUCUAUUAAAGGGUGGGCAAUGAUGCAUAGUUUUAAUACGCAUAUUUUAUGGUGUUUGGAACAUGGAUUGUACAAUUUUUGGGAAAGGAAGCAUGUUUAUUACUUUUUGGAUAGAAAAACUCAAAGAAUAAUGUUUGAUUUGGCAUCGGGACAUCUUAAAAAGUACCCACCAAUUCCACUUACCGUUGCGAAUAUUUCGGGACCAUUAUGGACUCUUGCAAUUGGAUAUGGUACUGCAUUGGUGGUAUUGAUAUGGGAAAUAAUUGCUAAAAGAAGCAAGGGUUUCAUCAAUAGAACCACAAAUUCUCAAGAAAAACUUACUUUUAACAAUUAA